UUAUCGCAAUCGGGAGUAGUAAACAAUCGCAGAUUUUUAGUUUUGUAGCUAGCCAGCGCCUUUUUCCUUAUUUCCGCUUUAGUUGUAGUCGAAGAGUAACUCAAAAUAAUGCCACAAUGGUGGCCAGUGCGGUGGUCACAGCUAUCGCUUCUGUCGCUACUAUUGCACUCGCUCCUGGUCGCCGUUGCCGACAACAGCAACAAUAACAACAACACCACCGAUGGAGUCUGGUUCAGCAGUAACCACUGUCAACGGCACCUCUUCUGGGAACAGCUGCCGGGCGAGGCGACAGCCACUUGUCCAGCGGAUAUUCUGCCACUGCGAGGUGCCGUCUAUCUGCUCUACGAUGUGAACAUCUCGGAGGGAUUCAAUCUGCGACGCGACGUCUAUAUACGCAUGGCGGUGUUUGUGCGUCGCCUACAACGUCGCAACAAACGUUUUCGCAACGUGCGUCUCGUGCUGCCGCCCUGGCCACGCCUUUACCACUGGCACUCCCACGGCCUGGCACAGACCAAUCUGCUUUGGCGUCACUUCUUCGACGUGGAGAGUCUGCGUCGCUUUGCUCCCGUCCUCGACUACGAUGAGUUCCUAGCCGAAUACCGCAUGUUUGGCCAUCCAGCGCCGCCCUUUGUCCAUGUCUCGCAGGUCUUUCGUCUCACACACUACGAGAUCAUGCUGGAGCAGGGCAUCUUUCGCGAUAAAUACGAGCGUGUGACAACGCCUCCAUUGCCCGAUGCCUGCAACGAGAAAUCCCUCAGUGGCGGGGCACUGCUGCAGCAGCCGCUGUUGCGCCACGGACGCUAUCAUUGUGUGCGCUUCCAGGGCAGCGCCGGACUCCUCGAGCGUCUGUUGCGCGAAGCCAUACGCGAGGAUACCGCGGGCACAGAGGAUGCCCACGAUAUGCGUGUCUAUGCGGUGAUCAGUGCCGAGACCGUGCUCCACGACAACUGGGGCGAUGAGCAGUUUUGGCUUGCACGACGCUCGAUGCGUUUCGCUCCCCAGCUCAGCCAGGUGGCAGCCGAUUUUCGGCUGGCUUCACUGGGCACCACAGACAGUACGGCAGGCGUCCAACGUCCGGCAAUGUGGGAGCUGGAGCGGCACAAGCGUGAUGCACGCGGUGGCGAUUAUUUGUGUGCGCAUCUGAGGCGAGGCGACUUUGUGAAGUCGCGGGAAUCAACGACGCCCACUCUGAAGGCGGCCGCACAGCAAAUGAAGCAGCUGCUGCGGGCGUUCAAUAUGACCACCGUGUUUGUGGCCAGCGAUGCAACGCCGUAUGAGCUGCUCGAGCUCAAGGAGCUCUUCUAUCGCUUUCGCUUUGUGCACUUCACGCCGGAGUCGAAGUGGCAACGCAAUCAGCUAAAGGAUGGCGGCGUGGCGAUUGUGGAUCAAUUGAUUUGCUCAUAUGCGAAGCAUUUUGUGGGCACCUAUGAGAGCACGUUCACCUAUCGCAUUUAUGAGGAGCGCGAAAUCCUCGGCUUCAACAAGGCCAGCACGUUCAACACAUUCUGCAAGGCAUUAGGUGGGAAUUGUGCUCGCAAUGCGGUUUGGCCAAUUGUCUGGCCUGAGGAUGCCGAUGAGGACGAUGAGAGGUUUUACUGAUUGUCUUGGUUAUCCUGUGGUUAAGUAAACUAUGUGUUGGGUGGCAUUCCAAAAAGACUCUACAACUUCGAACAAACUGCGAUGCUGUACCAAAAACAAAACAUUUUACAAGCUUUUCAAAUACUCAUGACAUUUCAAGCAAUUGCAAUUUGUAAAUGCUGACUUUACUUAAAUGUACAGGUAUAUAGUUAAGAACAAUUUUACUUUUGUUAAGUUCAAAUAAAUACUCCUGACUUUUAAA